AUGUUUAUUUUAUUGGCUCUCAGCCUUGCUGCCUUUGUAAACGCCUACCCUCCCCUUGCAAUGACUUACUUGUGGCAUCUAGAUCAGCCGAUCUAUUGGCCAGCCCAAAGCCGUAUCUACUCUCGUACCUACCAAUUCGCCAUGGAGUCGAUUCAGUUGAAGAACCAACAGAACGGCCACCCUCAGAACAAUUUAGAAGACAUUUUUGGCUCUGACGACCGUAAAGCGAUUUAUCAAUACCGUGCUAAAGAUUCUUUAAAUACUGUCUCCCAGUCAAGCGCUCCAAAAUUUGGGGCUCAGCUAACUUACCCUGGAGAGCUGGUUGAAAAUGUUCAAUCUCUCGCCCAAAAUUAUUACUUAGGCUACUAUCAAAAUUGGCAGACCGCCUAUCAACAAGCCAGCAAACAAACCACUCUCUCAGGCUUCCCAAGGCUUGACAUCAUUGGUUUCCCUUACCAUCAUACUUUAGCACCGCUAACUGAUAGAAACGGCUUUGAAAUGGAAGUAGCAAUCCAACAAGUAAUUAACCAAAAUUGGUGGGGCACUAAAAGUGAAGGCUUUUUCCCGUCAGAAAUGGCGUUUUCUGAGACUUUGAUCCCAAGUCUUGUCAAAGCUGGCUAUAAAUAUGUUGUUGUGUCUAAUUUACAUAUUUCUAGAGCUGUUAAAAAUUACCCUUAUUCUAACUUCUCUCCAGAGAGAACAAAAUUAUUGGAAAAAUCCCUCAAAAACAACCCUCUAAGACUGAGAAACAAAUUUUUGUUAAUAAAAAUGUUGUAUAAAAAAUAAUUUGAUAUAAUUAUAAUGAAAAAUCUGUUUAAUUUUAUUUUAAAUACAAAUUAAAAUUAAUCUUGACUAUCCAAUUUUUUCAAAAUAGAUUUUUUAAUUUCGAAAAAAAUUAAUUUUAUUAUAGAGUAUAUAUGACAAUCCUUCAUAUUAAAUUUUUUUUUUAAAAAACAAAUUAACCCAUUCCAUGAGCAAACAAAAUUUUUUUGUUCACUCGCUGAGGAGAAGUAAAAGUGGGGAUAAUAACACUCCGCCAAACCAGGCAGACCAAGUAAACCCAGCCCAAGAUAAAUGGUUCACCAUGAGUGUAUCUAGAGGCUGCUCCCCUACCAAUUGUUACCCUUAUUCCUAUGUCCCACAUUAUGCCAAAUUUGUCGACCCAGAUACUGAGCAGGAAUAUAAAAUUAUUGUAGUCCCCAGUGACCAAGCUAUGUCCUGGCAAGACGGCUAUGCCUGUUACUCUACCAAUGAAAUGAACAAGAUUGCAGGGACUGGUGACAAGCCAAUUUUUAUAGUCCUAGCCCAUGAUGGAGAUAACGCCUUUGGAGGUGGCUACAGCUAUUAUCAAGAAUGUGUCCCUAACCUAGUAAACCAAUGCCUUAAUUCAGGCUAUGAGCCUACCACCAUUAGUCAGUAUUUGCACGAUUAUCCUAUUGAUGCAAAUGAUAUUGUCCAUGUCGAAGAUGGAGCUUGGAUCAAUGCAGACGGGGAUUUUGGAGACCCAACCUUUGUAAACUGGAACUGGCCUUUGUUUUCUGCUAAUGGGACUUUUGAUAUUCCUAAUGGAUGGUCUGAUAAGCAAAGAACUUAUGCAAUAGCGACUGCAACGCAGAAUUGGGUCGAUACUGCAGAAUUGGUAUAUGGGAAAUCAAGACCAAGCCAAGUACAAAAUCCUGAUAAUUCAGCUACACCAGCAGAACUUGGGUAUCACUUUAUGCUGGCGUCACUGAAUUCUGGGUUUGUGUAUUAUGGGACUAACACUCUUGAUAUGUGCUUGAAAACUACAGUAGGGUGCAAUAUUGCAUAUAAUUAUAUUUCGCAAGCAAUUGGGACAACUCCGAGUGACUCGGCUUCGCCAACUAUUUGGAGACCUUAUAGGAUGCCUUAUAAUCCAGGUGGAUAUCAGAUGGGUGUGCUUUCUAAAUAUCAAUAUGUGAAACAGCCAACUGAUUUUUAUGUAUACACCUUUGUGUAUGAUGUUAGUGGGCUAAAGAGAGUACAAUUAUUCGUCAGGACGGACAACGACGGAAUUAACCCAACCUCUGAGAACUACAACGACAUCUAUAGAUGUGAUAACAACUACGUCAGUGACUGGACUGUACUAGAUAUGACUGAAAGAGACUUCCCGCCUGGAAACCCAUAUAACUGGAGUGGAAGCUGCUUUGGAAAUCUCCAAGAACUUCCUAUUGUUAUUGCUGACGAGUACUGGGUUUACGUCAAAGGUUACCAAAAUGUGCUUCUGGAUUACUAUAUUGAAGCAGAAGACAGCCAUGGGCACAUAAAGAGGUCUGAUAUCUUCCACGUCUGGGUUGGAAAUAACACUCAGACAGUAAGUGAAUAA